UGGGACCGCCGCCCUCCCGCCCGCCAUUGAUGAGCGUCGCUCGAGCUUCGUGUGAGGGGUCAAAUUUCUACACGAAGGUCUAAAAGGGCAGCGGGGCAGCAAGAGAGAUCCAGGAAAGAUCCGACAAACCUAAAAGCUGCUACCUUUCUCUCUUCCUUUUUCUAUUCGGCUCCAUUUAGCUGCUAAUUGCUGAUUAGGGCGAUCGAUAUUCGAGCUCCGAAGUCGGAGAGUUGGGAGUAAGGUAGCCAGCUGUUGGUUGGUGAGCUUCAUCUACCUUCUUCGCCAGCGCUCGCCUUACCUUUUUUUCCCUCGUCAGCUUUCCGGGCCGCAGGGUUUUCGAUUUGAUUCGCUUUUUAUAGCGACGUGUUGACGAAUUGGCCUCGCCCCCUUUGGCUCCUGAAACCUUGUUUUUGUGGUUGGUACUCUCUCGCGCUUGUGCUCUCUUGGAGGUCUGGGAUGGGGAAUUGCUGGGGAACCAAGAUCAAGGCGGAGAGUCCUUCUCAAAGCGCCUUUGCCUCAGGUGUGAACUCUAAGCAGGGUAGCCGUGAGGGCAACACGUUCAGUAGUUCUAGCAGCAGAUUUUCAGUGCCUCCAACUCCUCGGAGCGAGGAUGAGAUUUUGCAGUCAUGUAAUGUAAAGAGUUUUACCUUCAAUGAGCUGAAAAUUGCCACUAGAAACUUCCGUCCAGAUAGUGUCUUAGGCGAGGGAGGAUUUGGCUCCGUUUUCAAGGGGUGGAUUGAUGAGCACACAUACGAACCAACCAAGCCUGGAACUGGUAUUGUCAUUGCAGUGAAGAAGCUCAACCAGGAAGGAUACCAAGGUCACAGGGAAUGGUUGACAGAGGUUAAUUACUUGGGUCAAUUAACUCAUCCUAAUCUUGUAAAGCUAAUUGGAUAUUGCUCGGAGGAUGAGCAACGGCUCCUUGUCUAUGAGUUCAUGCAAUGCGGCAGCUUGGAGAAUCAUCUUUUUAGAAGGAGUUCAAACUUUCAACCACUAUCUUGGAACACCCGUAUGAAGAUUGCUCUUGGGGCUGCUAAAGGACUUGCUUUUCUACAUAGUGAUAAAGCAAAAGUCAUAUAUCGUGACUUUAAAGCCUCUAAUGUGCUUCUGGACUCAAACUACAAUGCAAAACUUUCAGACUUUGGAUUGGCGAAAGAUGGCCCAACUGGCGAUAAUACUCAUGUCUCUACAAGGGUCAUGGGUACCCAUGGAUAUGCUGCCCCUGAAUACCUUCAAACUGGUCAUUUAACUCCCAAGAGCGAUGUCUAUAGCUUCGGAGUCGUCCUACUGGAAAUGCUGUCUGGUUGCCGUUCCUUAGACAGGAACCGUCCUAUUGGACAACACCAUCUGGUCGAGUGGGCAAGGCCUUUACUAGCAAGCAAGCGAAAGUUUUUCCGUGUCCUGGAUAGUCGAUUGGGGGGACAGUAUCCACUGCACGCCGCCCAAAAUGCUGCGCAUCUCGCCCUCCGGUGCCUAUCCGGUGAAGCAAACAGACCAACCAUGGACCAGGUGGUUUCUGCUCUAGAGGAGAUUCAAAAUGUUAAAGAUCCCCGCCAAACCAAGGGUUCAGAACACAAAUCAAGCAACCAUAGCAUGAAAAACAACCACGAACGGCCUCGGCCAAGAAGUAUGGAAGUGCCCGGAAACAGAAAAGCUACUUAUCCCCGGCCCUCGGCUUCCCCACUCUACACGUAGAGCAUACCAUACCCUGAAGCUGUAAGUAAACAAGUUGCUAGGAGGGCAACGUAUAGAUGAAAAUAACAAAUGCUGAGACAUGCCUUCUUUUAGUUAUGUUUUGUCUCUUGUUUUUGUAUAGAUUUGUCUUUUUUAAUGAUGGUUUUGACUUUCUCACAAACAUCUUUCUUUUAUAGUAUUCCUUGAAACCUAUGAAGUCUAAAUACUCUCCUAUUUUUGUAUUGAGUCUUGAAUAUCAACUGAGCUUGAAUUGAUUCAA